AACUGUCCCUCAUUCUGGCAGUACAUAAUCUGAUAUCAGUGCUAAAUGCAUGUUCAGUGUGGAUAGACGUUUGUUGCAAUAAAAUGCGACCGUUAGUUUUAUUCCUAGUUUUUGUUGUACUUAUUGUGAAUUCAGUUGUAGUAGCAUAUAGUAAUGAAUUUACCAUUACUAUUGAACCAGGAAAGGAGGACUGUUUCUAUACACCAGUUGCAAAGAACAUCUACUUGGAAGUUGACUAUCAAGUUAUUGAUGGACAGCAAGGGGAGUUAGAUAUCGACUUUCAUUUGACAUCCCCCACAGGGCGGAGAAUUGUGAUGGAAUCAAGAAAAAGUGACAGUACUCACAGGACUAAAACUUUUGAAGAUGGGGACCACAAAAUUUGCUUUGACAAUACCUUUUCAAUCUUCAGUGCCAAAACAGUCUUUUUUGAAAUCUCCACAGACAACGACGAAGAUGAUGAUGAUAAUGGAGAAAUUAAAAUUGAAAAGAAAAAUAGUGAUGUAUGGGGAGAUACUGACCAGGCCUUUUAUGCUGGUUUGAGACCAGAAGAAAUUUAUGAUAUUCAUGUUCAGGAUAUUAAAGAUACAGUUGCAAUGGUCAGGGGAAAGUUAACAAGAGCUCAAGAAUUUCAGGAUCAGAUUAGAGCCUUUGAAGCUCGUGAUCGUAAUACGGCCGAAGGAAAUUUCACUAGAGUAAAUUUCUGGUCAAUGAUCCAUCUCAUCGCACUUCUCAUCACCGGAGUUGUUCAAGUUGUUAUGGUUCGGAGUCUUUUUGACGAAAAAUCAACGCUUCGGCGCCUUUGGAAACAAGGAAAAAUGUGAAGCAGUCAACAUCGUUUCACUAGUCACAUGGUGCCAGUAAAAAAAACAAUAAACAGAACUACUUUGUAAAUCUA